AUGUUGCUCCCAAGGAUACACGCACUGCCCACGGGCUCUUCAUCACCAGCCAUUGCCACCAUCGAGACUGCUUUGUCGGCUCUGCGCCUGUCGACACCAGCGGUCAAGACGACCAGCAUUGCUGUGCGCCAUGCCUCGCACAAGGCCCAGGGAGCCGCCAACUCUGCAAAGGACGGCGCGGGAAAGAGAUUGGGUGCUAAGAAGAGUGGAGAACAAUACGUGAUCCCCGGCAACAUCAUCUUCCGCCAACGCGGCACGAAAUGGUUCCCCGGCGACAACUGCGCAAUGGGCCGCGACCACACCAUCUACGCCACUCAACCGGGCUACGUCAAGUACUACAAAGAUCCCCUCAAGCACCCCAAACGCCAAUACAUCGGUGUGGUGUUUGAGCGCGCGCAGGUGCUGCCACAGCCUCCGCACGCGGUGCGCAGACGACGCUUGGGCAUGCUGGCCCACCAGAUGGAGACACCCCUACUCGAGAGCUCAUUGCAGGGCGACCUGAUGGCAUCGGGAUCCUCUGCGCAAGAAGGCAAAGUGGUGGUCAAAGACAAGCGCACUGGAGAGGUCGUGAGGGCCACACCGACGCUGAGACCGGGUUACCAGUACAGAGCUGCAAACUGGGAGAUUGGAAGGGCUGCUGAGAGAGCGGGUAUCAGGGUCACGCCAUUUAAGCCUGGCAACAGGUUUUUGGCUUGGAGGAAGGCUGCGGUGAGGAAGGCGAAGAAUGCUGAGAGGAGGGGUUUGACGAGGAGACGUUAG